AUGGCCGCCGCGCUCCUCUCCAGCCGCGCGGUCGUGUCCGUGUCCGUCCGCGCGCGCCUCGUCCGCGCGCGCGUCGCAUCGCGCCACCGCGCGCGCGCGACCGCGGCCUACGCCGGAAGAGCGAAGAGGAUAACCGUGCACGAUGCGAACGACCUUCUCGCGUCCGACGCGUCCGUCGUCUACCUCGACGUGCGAAGCGAGGGGGAGUAUAAGGACCAGCACAGGGUCGGGAGCGUGAACAUCCCGGUCGCGGACAUGCAAGGCGGCGCCCCGGUGCCGAACCCGAAGUUUGUGGAGAGCGUCAACGCGGCGUAUCCGGGGAAGACGCAGCGAUUCGUCGUCGGGUGCGCGGCGCGCGCGCGCUCGCUCUUCUCUUCUCUUCGCCGCGCCGCCGCCGCCGUCGCCGUCGGCGCCGCGACCUCGAGAAGUUCCACGUCAUCGAAUCUAUUAGAAUCUACGACACCAUACUGA